AUGGCUGAAGAUACGUACACAUGUCGUGUACAGUAUGUGGACGACAGCGACCCAUUCGCUCCGACGUCCAAUGCGUUUCUCGAGCCAAUGAGGCCAGUCACAUUCAACUUCCGGAUCCAUGUCAUCAUUGCCGAUCAAUUGCCUGAACUUAUUCGAGCUCUCAGGGCACCCCAUAAGCCAGGUGAUUCCGCUCUUCAAUUGUACAAAAGUCUCGAGAAGGGCGGUGGGGAAUUUCUGAGUUACCUCGACAGUGACUUGACCUUGGCUGAUCAGAAUGACGAAUUUAGUGAAAUGAAAAGCGACAGGUCUGUUCGUUUUUUACUUCAGCUUUUAUUAAGCUGUAGACAAUUCUUUAUGAAGGAGUUCGGUUGGUCUCGAGGCGAUCGACACUUCUAA